CCAGGCCCUCAAACUUACAGGCUGACAAGAGCUCCACCAUGAAGUGCAACGGGUCGCUGCUGCCGCUGCUGCUGUUCGGCGUGUGUGUCUACGCCGCCCCCGUGGACCCCCCCUCCUCCUCGCUGGAGCCGGGCAACUGCCUGGACCCCUUCACACGGGGCGCCGCCGAGCAGGCCCUCACCAGGAUCAACCGCGACCGCAGACAGGGAUACGUCUUCAGCCUGAAGGAGCUUCGCAACGCCCACCAUAUGAAGCACGGCCCCACUGGGGUGGUCUUUUACCUGACCCUGGACGUCCUGGAGACGAAGUGCCACGUGCUGAGCAAGAGAGACUGGAAGAGCUGCGAAGUCCGAGAAGAAGCGGAGACACCGGUCUACGGCCAGUGCAAAGCCACAGUCUACAUUAACAAAGUAAAGAGGAUCGUCCGCCUGUACAGGUACAACUGCAUCGUCAGGCCAGCACCCGCCUCCAGAAUUGUCGCAAUAUGCCCAGACUGCCCCUCGAUAAUCUCCCACGACGACGCGAGUGUUCUGAAGACAGUUAAGAUGGCUCUGGAGAAGUACAACAAGGAGAGUGGGAACGCAAACUAUUUUGGCCUUCUAAACAUCACAAGAGCUUCCAUGCAGGGCGGGAUCGCGGAUUUCACCUUCGCGGAUUUCACCAUCCAGGAGACGGUCUGCUCCAAUGGCACGAACGUCACCCAAGCUGCCAAGUGUGGUCUGAUGGACUGCGAGUUUGCGCACACAGGUCACUGCUCGGCCUCCUAUUUCCAGUCCCCGGAAGAAGACAAUGUCAAAGUGAACUGUGACAUCUUCGAACCAGAGGAGGCGAAGAAAGAGAAACAGAGGCAUCUCCUGGGCGGGGAGCUUGACCACGGUCACAACCACACCCAUGGCGACGCCCAUAAACUCAACCACACCCUUGAGCACACAGAAGGCCAUGAACACACCCACGGCGAGGCCCAUGAACACGACCACACCCACGGACAUGGCCACGUCCAUUACCACAGCCACGAGCAUGACCACGCCCAUCAUCACGAUGACCACGCCCACGCCCACAACCACUCCCACGAACACGACCACGCUGACGACCACACCCAUGACCACGCCCACGCGCACAAUCACACCCACGACCCCGCGCACAAACACGAACACGCCCACGACCACGCUGGCAACGGCACCCACGACCACGCCCACGACCACAUCCACUACUACGGGGACCACCACCAUCACCACCACCACCACCACCACGGCAACCACACGCACGCGCACGAGCACGACCACGACCACCAGCACGACCACGGGCACCUGCACGCUCACGAGCACCACCACCACCACCACGACCACGACGACGACCAGCAGAAGGCCGUGAGGGAAACGCGGGGCGAGGUGCGCUACCUGCCGGACCUGGACAAGCCCGCGGUCCUGCCCUCGUUCCCGGACCAGCCGGAGCUGGAGAGACCGGCGAUCAUGCCGUCCGCCCCCGACCGGGCCGUCCCGCUGCCCGCGUUCCCUGACGCCGAACCCCCGGAGGAGCAGGAACCCCCCAUCCUGCCCUUCCCCGGCGCCCUCUCCCCCCAGUGCGCCGUGCAGCCCAAGAGAGGCGCCGGCCUCGUCGACGAGCUCUUCGCCGAGGACCCCCUGUUCAAGCCCUCGGCGGCAGCUGUGUGAACGCGCACCGCCCCGUUCUCCUGGACCGGCAGGGCGGCGCUCGUCCCGCUGCAGCGCGCCGCAGAUCCUCUAUGCUCGUCCAGAUACCAAGCUCUACGUUCUUACCACCGAAAGGUACACACACAACGCAGAUCCUCUACGCUCGCCAGAUACCAAGCUCUACCUUCUUACCACCGAGCUCAAGCUCGGUUUCCCGGCUCCGCGAAGCCGAGAAACGUUCCAAAUUCCACGCGCCUCGCGAACAUUAAUCAAGGGGCGUAACCGUACUGUGUGAAACGAAUGUCCUACCCUGUAAUACAGCACUGGAACCUCCUGCUGCUGACCGGAACCCCGUGUGCCCACAGGACACAAAGGAAGCAAGAAAUAAGCAGUGAAUCUCAUUGGAAUCUCUGUGAUCACAACCAGCAGAGCACCGUUGCAUUCUGGGAAAGUAAAGCACGCUGAUUCCGGGCUGUCAUUUCAGUGAUGUUGUUAUUCAGAGCAUGUUGAGUAUCUAUAAAAGAACACACUGAAUGUGUAACACAUAUAAAUAUAGUCUUGUUUCUCCAAAUAAAUAAAAAAUGUGUUGCCAAA